UUCAGGUCGACGCUUUUGGGUUCUAGCUAAACAAAAGUGAGUUAUUUUUAGCUCGCAGCUCCUGAUUCACACAUGGAAACAAGAGUACGCGUAUGUGAUGUGUGUAUGUUGCAGGGGACAAUGGGAGAGUGCGAGAUGCGCUUCAAUACUGCCCGAUUUAACGGGUUGCAGACGAACCUGUAAUCCAGUCGGAGGACAAACACACGGCUAAUUACACGUGCUACCAUAAUGGCUUUGUUAUGGCAGGCGAGAUCUUGAGCCAAUAUCGGAAGCCCGGGGACGUAGAUGAAUCAGCGAGCGUUGGACACCGAAGAACAUUCCCAUAAUGCAUCGCUGAACGCUGCCGGAGAGCGUUGGUUGCCGCAAAUAGACCACCACCAACAACAAGACGGUGAUAAUGGAUUCGUGCAAUUCAUCAUGCCCCCACAGCAUUGAACCGCCGGUGUUUGUGCACGCGGGACUGCCGCAGGUGGUCAGCAACUGCAGCAAUGGCGUCCUCGGCGACAUCCUGUCGUCUGCGUGCCGGGAGUCGACGCAGGGGAUCUCAAAGUUGGAAACGUCCAUCAUGGCGCUGUUUCUGGCGUUGGUGUUUCUUGCCAGCGUCGUGGGCAACAUCCUGGUGCUUUUUGUCUUCUUCAAACGGAGCAGUCUCCUGACGAUAUCGAAUCGAUUCAUCGUCAACCUGACAGUGUGCAAUUGUCUCAAUACAACAUUCGUCAUGCCUUUCGUUUUCAUUUCGGUUUCUACGAAACAGUGGCUGUUUGGGGACGCCUGGUGCCAGGCCACGGGUUUCUUCAUGAACGUCGUGUUCGGCGCCAGCACCCUCACGCUGGUCGUCAUCUCUUUGGACCGGUACUGCGCCGUCGUUACGCCUCUCCACUAUAAACUAUGGGUGACCACCCGACGCCUGUCUCUCGCCAUCAUGGCCGUUUGGACGAUAGCCGUGAUGUCGUCAGUGCCGCCUCUACUAGGCUGGAACCACAUAGAAUUCCAGACGAAUAAGAUGGUGUGCACGGUGAAGUGGGCCAACAGGGCCACAGGCGACAGGUACUACACUUUAUUUCUCGUGAACAUUUGUUUCGUUCUCCCGCUGAUCGCCAUGUUGUGGACGUACUCUGUGAUAUUCAGAGCGGCUCGAUCGAACAGCGAGAGGACCCGGAAGAGCAGCAUCAUGCCGUCUGCGCUGGUGGACGAUCUGAUCAAGUCGCCGUUGAGGAUAGAACGCCGUCGCAGCAGCAGCAGCACCGCGCCCAUCCUGAUACGACGUCUAAGCGCGUCCAGCCGCUCCAACUCCCUGCUAAUGAGGAUGGAGGAGUGGAAGGCAGCACUGACCAGUUUCCUCGUACUGUUUUCCUUCAUCGUGUGCUGGUUACCGUACUUCGUCGUCAUCGUUCUGGAAUCCACGCUGCCCGAGACGGACACGUUACCGUCUGCCCUGGGCACGACGUCCAUAGUGCUGGCGAUGCUCAGCUGCGCGUGCAACCCGUUCGUGUACGUGUUCAGAAGCAAGCUGUUCCAGGUGGAACUGCGCGACAUCGUGUUCAACAAGAGGACCAAGGUGAAACGGAUUAUCAUCAACCGACCCAUUUGUAGCAGGCGAUGUUCACUGCCUUCUGCUUCCGAAAGACACUUCAUCGACAGACGACCAUCUCUUCCCGAACCCCUGCACGCGUCGCCCACUGUGACGUCACUGGUCACAAUGUCUCUACAACACAUCUGAUAUUAUUAUUAUUGUCUUGUGUGUUCAUUUUUUGUAGCCUAUAUGUAUUGGCGUUUUACUACUGUUGUUGUUGCGUGUGUGUAUGUGUGUGAUUUUUUUUUAUACUAGAAUAGCAUAUUAUAUUAUAUUAUUAUUUUAUUUUAUUUUAAGUUUACAAACAGUGAAAGGCAGUGUUGAACUGCAAGCAAAUUGUAUGCUUUAUUUUAUCACAUAUAUGUAUGUAUGUAUGUUAUUUAUUUAUUUUGCAUCAGUAUUUUUAAAACAUUGUUAUACAUGCAUAUAUUUCCAAAGAAUGAUAUACCAUUUACAUCACGGGAAAGCCUUCUCAUCAACAGUGGCAUGGUCACAUUGAUGGCAUACGGAGUGGAAUGUCUUUGUUUUUGCAUUUGUUUUAACGGGCCCAGUACUCCGUUUUAUACCGGUAGCUAUCAUUUUCAUUCUAAUUUAAAUUUGUUUUCUAAGCUGCAUGCUUAUAAUAUUUAACGCUGUUCAAUUUAGAGUUAGUCGUCUGGAUGCAAACAUUAAACCGAUUGUAUGUCAUUAGAGAAUAUGAUCUAAGCAGGAACAUGCAUAGGCCUACUGCUUUUAAAACAUUGCAGAAUGUUUUUUUUUUAUUAUUAUUAAUUUGGUUUUGCUUAGACGAUUCAUAUCUGUACAGCCAGUAUUUUCUUGGAUGUCUCAAGAUGUUCAAGACAGUGUCUUCAUAUUACCGUUUGGUUCACUAUAGAAUUUUAAGUACCUUUUACAGAUGCAUCCCUGAUGAACCGCUAAGAUUACGAUAACACAAUGCACUACCAUAUAUCACAACCAUAAGCAUACACUCGUCCCCUAAUAUGACUCGUAAAUGUUUAGUUGCUAAGUGCGAGGCGAAUUUUAUAAAUAAAUAAAAGUCUCAUAGCUAGAUGUAAAAAAAGAGAAUAUUGUUUAAAGCAACAAAAUAAGUCUGAGACAGAAAUGUCAUAGAUAAGAAGAAGACCAUGCACGGUUGAAGUUUUGUGCACAAUACUUAUGGUUUGUUGAAGUUUUGUGCACAAUACUUAUGGUUGUUGAAGUUUUGUGCACAAUACUUAUGGUUGUUGAAGUUUUGUGCACAAUACUUAUAGUUGUUGAAGUUUUGUGCACAGUACUUAUGGUUGAAGUUUUGUGCACAAUACUUAUGAUUGUUGAAGUUUUGUGCACAAUACUUAUGGUUGUUGAAUACUUAUGGUUGUUGAAUACUUAUGGCUGUUGAAGUUUUGUGCACAAUACUUAUGGU